AUGGAGAGGAGCAGAAAGUUCUUCGCUCAAGGGAUGGUGAUCCUGCGGAAUUAUGUGCCACAGAAGGUGGCGACCAAGUUGCUGAAUAUAUUGAGUUUCGAACAAAUUCUCCAUUUUCUUAACCAGGCUCCUGGGGCAGGGAUGCAGUGUGGCUGUGGAACUGAAUUCGUACACUACUGGCUUCCAGGCAUCGCCUACCCAGACUGGGCCUACAAACCAGACUCCAGCCCUGGGAGCCACCAAAUACAGCUUUGGCACUUCCUCCUGGACUUACUGCGCAAGGAGGAGUUCCGGGAGGUGAUCACGUGGCAGGGAGAAUUCGGGGAGUUUGUCAUCAAGGAUCCCGAUGAGGUGGCUCGCCUGUGGGGAGCGAGGAAGGGCAAGCCCCAGAUGAACUAUGAUAAACUCAGCAGGGCCCUCAGGUAUUACUACAACAAGCGGAUUUUGAAUAAGACCAAGGGCAAGCGGUUUACUUAUAAGUUCAACUUCAGUACACUGGUGAUGUUGAAAUGGCCACUAUGGGAUCUGCCAAUAUCUCCACUACUCUUGGGGAUUCCUGUGGAGGUCCCUCAAGUGCUGGAACCUCAUGUUGCCCAGUCCAGAUCUCGGCCGGACUGUCUGCCAGCCAGUUUUCCUUCACCCUCCUUCCAACCUGGACACCGGGAAGAGAUGUCGUCACCCAUCGGCUCCCCGUCCCGGGAGCUCAGGACUCUGCCGACCUGGUCCCUUCUCUACCUGCUGUCAGCCACCGCACCGGCGCCGGUGUGA